UAACUUGUUGUUGUUUUUUUUAGAUUAGAUUCCUCGAUGUAAACAGAUAUAAUUAAAUUAUUGUGCCAACAAUGCUAUAUCGGUUGUUUCAAUAUUUUGGAACAUUAGUUUUUAUAAUACCAGCAAUAUUAGUCCUAAUACCAACAAUCCACAGUAAUGCGUAUGCCUUAAAGCACUAUACCAAAGAUAGAAAAUUAGAAUUAAGGGAGCAAGUGCGUAGCAUGUUUCAACAUGCCUACGACGGCUACUUGCGUUAUGCCUCCGACUACGAUGAACUGCGACCUUUGACAUGUGAUGGAGUUGACACCUGGGGUAGUUAUUCAUUGACCAUGAUUGAUGCUUUGGACACAUUGGCCACCAUGGGUAAUUUCAGUGAAUUCCGUAGAGUGGUCAAGGUAUUGGAGCAAAAAAUGGAUUUUGACAAAGAUAUUAAUGUGUCGGUGUUUGAAACUAACAUACGUAUAGUGGGAGGUUUGCUGUCGGCGCAUUUACUGUCCAAAAAGGCUGAAAUGCAGUUAGAAGAGGGAUGGCCUUGUCAGGGUUCACUUUUGCGCAUGGCAGAAGAUGUGGCUAAACGUUUAUUGCCCGCUUUUGACACCGCCACUGGCAUGCCUUAUGGUACGGUGAAUUUACGUUAUGGAGUGCCAAAGGGUGAAACCUCUAUAACCUGUACAGCGGGUGUGGGAACUUUACUGGUUGAAUUCGGUACUCUUUCAAGAUUAACCGGUAAUCCUGUGUAUGAAGAGGUAGCUUUAAAUGCCAUACAUUCAUUGUGGAACCGACGUUCCCCUAUAGGGUUGUUUGGCAAUCAUAUAGAUGUACAAACUGGCCGCUGGACAGCCUUAGAUUCUGGAAUAGGUGCUGGCGUUGACUCGCUGUUUGAAUAUAUGGUCAAAGCAGCCAUUCUUUUGCAGCGUCCCGAAUUAUUGGAAAUGUUUCAUGCUGCUCGAUCUUCAAUUGACAAGUUCUUAAGACAUGACGAUUGGUAUGUGUGGGCCGGCAUGAAUAAGGGUCAGGUUACUUUGCCAGUUUUUCAAUCGCUGGAGGCAUUUUGGCCGGGAGUUUUAAGUUUGGUGGGCGACAAGCAGGCGGCCAUAAAAACUUUGUCGAAUUAUGCUAGUGUUUGGCGUAAGUAUGGCUUCUUGCCAGAGUUUUAUAACAUACCCACAGGGGAGGCCUCCUCUAAUCGAGAAAGUUAUCCUUUGCGUCCAGAAUUGGUGGAAUCUGCCAUGUAUUUGUACCGAGCCACUCACAAUGAGUUUUUGUUAGAAGUUGGCGAGGGCAUGUUGAAGACCAUAGAGCACAGUGCUAAAACUCGCUGUGGUUAUGCUACGAUACGCAAUGUGGUUACCCAUGAGAAGGAAAAUCGCAUGGAAUCAUUUUUCCUGGCCGAAACUACCAAAUAUUUGUAUUUACUAUUCGAUGAUGAUAACUUUUUGCAUAACGAUGCCGCCAAAGGGAAUAUUAUUAAAACCUCCGAUGGUGGCGAAUGUAUAAUCGAUGCUGGGCCCUAUAUCUUUAAUACCGAGGCUCAUCCUAUUGAUAUGUCUGCCUUGCAUUGUUGUCAUGACCAUAAAAUAAAUUUAUUCGAGGGUUUAGAUCUCACACAAUUCAGCGAUUCUACAUUACUUAAAAAAGAGCGUGAACUCAUUACACUGCAACACAAUGAAGCUUUUACAGAGUGUAAAGCGUCUGCCUAUCAAAAGGAACAGGGUAAAAGAGUAGUACCACCCGCUAAAGCGGCUGCAAGCCCCAGUUUGGCUGUCGAUAUUGAGGUAUUCGAUGAAGACAAUAAACCAGCCGGUGAUAUUCUGGUCGAAAACUUUGAACGUAUUAAAAACGAUGUGCCGCCAGUGAUGAAAGUAACUAAAAAGGCUCGUGAGAAUCGGCAUCAGUUAACCGUUACCGAUUUACAGGAGUUCUUUGCUUUCAAAAGAGAAAACACUCACACACCUUCACAAGUGCUGGAGUAUACUUUGAGUUUUUUAAAAAAUUUUACCUUAGAUCCUGGUUUUAUAACGGGUUUGCAAUUGUUUGAAAAAAACAUUAGCAACUUAUUAGGGUCCGCUACCCAAAAAGAAUUUGAAGGCUCCACAAAAACCCUUUGGAAUCUUUACUGUUUACAGCAGGAAUACCGUGUCAAUGUUAAACUCUUAAUGGAAUUAAAUUUACAUAGUUUUGAUGAGGACAAUCGACAAAUGCUACACAAGACCUUAUUAGUACUUAAUGGCGAUGAAAGUGAUGCUGCCAAUGAAUUUAUAUGGCAAAAGGUGAAUGACUUACAUUUAGAAUACACACGUGCUUUGGUAAAUACCUCUGAAAUGCAAACGUUUCUGCUAAACAUACUCAUCAAUGGCACAAAUGAGAAACAGCGAAGUUUUAAGCCUCUCCUAGAGGCCAAAGAAAUACUUGCUCUACCCUUAGAAACUCACAGUAAGCCACAGCAAUUGAAAUUAUUUGCCCAAGCGAAACGUGUUGUUGAGUUCAAGAAGCGUAUGAUUGAUACCUUUGAUAAACUACAAACUCUCAUGGUGGAAAGUGGUAAACAACAAAAAUCUAUAGCAGAACAAAAGGAAACAGAAAAUCAAAAAUCCGCAAUUGAGAUAACAGAUAAUCAGAAUGAUGAUUUAAUAGUAGCUAAACCGCAUGCAAACAAAACCUCGCCUAGCUACAAGGCCAACAAAGAUGCCCAUAAUCAUUCAUUAAGCAAUCUAACUGCCGAUAACCAAUUGAAUUCCUCUCUGCAGGCAAAUGACGAUAAUAAUUCGUAUGACUCGGUGUGGUCUCAACUCGUCCAUACAAUAUUGCGGAAGACAACGCCGCAAAAACUACAAUUUGAUGCCAGUGACCUGAUACAGAAAACUCGCAAAUCCUUGCAAAAAUUAACCGCUGACAUUCCAGUGCAUUACAAUGUUCUAACGUGCCCUCGCCCGAAAUUUAUCGAACGUUUUGCUUAUCGUUAUUAUUAUCCAUAAGAUUUGUAACAAUUACAAUUAAAAUAUAUUAAAAAUAAGUAUAUAUUUGUAUAUAAUACUACUUACUAUUAAAUUAUAACAGAAAAGAA